UGAACUCUGAGAGAGGUUAUAACUUAGUGCAGAUAAGAGCGAGUAUGCGAAUAUUCUGCACCAUUAACGACGAUUUUGCGAUAAUACUUUGUAAAAAGAAAUCCUUUUUAUACAUGGAAGAACCACAUGUUUAAGAGGCAUCGAUGCGAUCUCUAAAAGCAGAAUAGGAAACACCUAGGAUCUCUUUUUCGCGGUUGCUCUGGUACAUGGUGUGAUGUCUGCCUGUCAGAGGAACUUCAUACUGCUAGUAAUUGUCGUUGGUUUAGUUACGUUCUCUCUGUGGAUGGUCUGCGGACUUGGAUAUUGCAGUUCAAUUCGCGGUAUCAAGAAGGUCAUUGGAUUCACUCACGAUGUCUCCGAACCAACUAUAAAACCAAUUCUUAAUGAAACAGGAUUUGUUUGCUUACCACGACCACGCCCGGUAUUCAAUGGAACAGACUCCACUAAACCGAACCUAUUUCCCAGCUUUAAAUGGGAAAAUGUGAAGGACUUAACAAGUGCCAUAUACAGCGACUAUAAAAUCAUUAACGAAAAAGAAGUAUAUUAUCUAUGUGACCGGCUUGAGUUGAUUAUCCAAGCCCGCGAUGGUUAUGGGCGACCGAAACAAUAUGGCGGGGAUUAUUUCCGUGCUAAGAUAAUUACCCAGAAUUCAACAUUUUCUGCAAGUUCAGCAACCGACGGGGAGGUGAUCGAUCUAGGUAAUGGAACUUACAUAGCCUUAUUCACUCUAAAGUGGACUGGGAAGAUUGAAGCUCGUGUGACGUUGGUUCAUCCCAGUGAAGCGGUAUACGUGAUUCGACGUUUCCGCGACGCAGCGCCAGCGCGGUACAUUUACCGCGGUAAAUUUGUGUCCGCAGACGGAACAAAGACGGAAGAGACUUUUUGCAACCUGGCACUACAUGGGAAUCCGACUGACCUCUGCGACUUCACCGAUAAGAUGACGGGGUCUCCUUGGUUUUGUUAUAAACCAAAGUCAGCAAACCUAAACUGCAGUGAUUGGCGGGAACAUCGGUGUGACACCGGCGCUGCAUAUCGUUUGGAUGCGUCGUCGUUGUCAUCCCAAGACGUGCUAACCUUGAUUCCAAAAUGGGAUAUUCCUACAAAAUUGCAAAUCGAAGUCGGAAACAGGAUAAAAAAUUCAUCCGAAAGAUCAGCAUUAGAAAACACGACGAAGAAAUUACGAGAUCUCCCAGUCUGUACAAUUGCUAACCACAGGAUCCACAGUAACGACCUUGUCUCUGGACACUAUUCUAAAAAUAUUUGGUACAAUCCAUCAUGCAGAUUCCAUACUUACGCUCUCGAUGAAAUGAGGUCAUGCGUUUCAAGGAAGAAGCUUUAUUUUUUAGGAGAUUCAACUAUCCGUCAACUCUUCGAGUUUUAUUUGAAGCGACUUGGACCAGGACUACAGAAGACGCCACCUGGUCCAGAACCACGAUGGCAUGUCGGUCCAACAAGGGCGUUAGACCAAAUCUUCAAUAUCAGCAUGAUGUUUCGGUUUCACGCGUUCCCUAUAGGGAGGAACGCGUGGGCAACAGUAGGGGACAUCCAUUACAUAGCGAACGAGCUUGACAGCAUCGUUGCCGAUGAAAAUACGGUGGUUAUUAUCUCGUUGUGGGCACACUUUACGCAACAACCGGAGUGGUUUUUUGUGCAGCGAGUGCGAACAAUCAUGGCGGCAGUUGCGCGUCUUCAACAGCGCAGUCCGUCCACGCUCGUUGUCUUCAAGGGAGCCAACACGCGCGAACAUACGCACGUAAACCAUCGUUUGUAUCACUCUGAUUGGCUGGCGAGGCGUAUGGAAUACAUCAUACGAAGCGAAAUUAGUGGAAAUGUAGCUUUCAUGGACUCAUGGAGUAUGUCAUAUUCGCAAUUAAUUGCCGACAAUGUGCAUCCUGGUGGUUCCCAUGUUGAAAACCUUAGCAAUCAGUUAUUAACUUUCAUGUGCGGAGCGUGAUCGGUACAUUGUGAAUUUAUGACCAGUUAUGACCAGUAAGAGCCAGAAAUAGAUUUAUUGCGUCAUUAUCUCAUAGCGCCCUCCCUCAGAGGAUAUAGGAAUACGUAUAAUGGAGCUGUCACAUAUACGCCAGCUGCAGAUCACCAAGGCAUACGAGGGAAUAAGGUUGUGGCGUGAUUACGUUAGUGCAUAUAAAGGUCGAUAGAGAAUAAAAAAAAGAAGAAAGAAACACGACGGCGUGAAAGGUCAGCAAUAUCAUUAUUAACAAUUAAUGUUAGGAUUUGUAUGCUUAAAUGCACGUAAUGAUCAAGUGUUAUUCAGCGUAUUAAGUUCAGAAGCUCGACGAUCAACCGUUAAGAUUUGUGGUACAGGAACCAGGGCCCCGUAGCAUAAACCUUUGCGAUUGUUUAUGGGGCUUAUUUUUACGACUAAUCAUACACAAUAAUCAAUGCAUUCAAUUGUAGAAUUCAGCCCACGAUCAAUCACUAAGCUUUAUUUUACAGGUCCCUGAUGUAAGUUUCUCCAUUAAGACAGGAUCAUGUAUCUUCAACCCUGGACCCUGUAGCAUAAAGCUUUGUAAUUGAUCAUAAGGCUGAUAUCUAUGAUUGAUCAUAGACAAUAAUCAAUGUAAUCAGUCACAGGAAUCAGCUCCAUGAUCAAUCGGUAAGCUUUAUGUUACAGACCCCUGAUGUACGUUUCUCCAUUAAGACAGGGUCACGUAUCUUCAACCCUGGUGGGUGUUUCAUAAAGCUGUUCGUAAGUUAAGAGCGACUUUAAGAACGAUGGUGAUCCUUUCUUGCGGUAAGUGGUAUAUUGAAUCGGCGAUGGUUUAGCGUGUAAGAAAGGAUCACCAGUCGUUAAUCCAAGUCGCCCUUAACUUACGAACAGCUUUAUGAAACUGCCCCCCUGGACCCCGUAGCAUAAAGCUUUGUUACUGAUCAGAAGGCUGAUAUCUAUGACUGAUCAUACACAAUAAUCAAUGCAAUCAAUCAUAGAAAUCAGCCUAUGAUCAAUCGCUAAGCUUUAUGUUACAGACCCCUGAUGUAAGUUUCUCCAUUAAGACAGGGUAGUGUAUCUUCAACCAUGGACAUUAUAACAUAAAGUUUUUAUUUAUAAUUGAUCAUAAGGCUAAGAUCAUAGGAAUCAGCCCAUGUUCAAUCACUAAGCUUUAUGUUACAGACCCCUGAUGUAAGUUUCUCCACUAAGACAGGGUCAUGUAUCUUCAACCCCGGACCUGGUAAUAUAUACAAAGCUUAGCAAUUGAUCAUAAGUCCGAUAUCUAUGAUUGAUCAUACACAAUAAUCAAUGCAAUCAAUCCUAGAAAUCAGCCCACGAUCAAUCGCUAAGCUUUAGGAUACAGACCCCUGAUGUUAGUUUCUCCAUUACGACCGGGUCGUGUAUCUUCAACACUGGACCUCGUAGCAUGAAGCUUUGUAAUUGAUCAUGUGGCUGAUAUUUAUGUUGAUCAUACGCAAUCCAUGCAAUCAGUCGAAGUGAUCAAAUUGAAAUCAAUCGUUAAGUUCCGUGUUACGAGCCUCAGGUCUUUUUUUCAAAGAUGCAAGUCUUAAAUGAGAAAUGACGUGGAACUGAAAUUGAGAAUAUAUGACGAUAAUAGACAUGUUUCAAAAUCUGGUAACCGAAGUGCUACUCAUCUAAACUGAGUGUUUCCUGCAUUUAUGACUUGACAAGUGCAGUACAUGAUGAAAAUCACUUUUUACCUUGAUGCAAUAAAUGAAUUGAAUUGCUCAGGUAUGGUCACCUCUUGCCAAUAUUUUGUGACAAUAUCUGAAAGAAAAUGUAACCAAUAUUUCGAAAUUUCGAGGGCAAUCUUUUGUGCAAUAUUCCUAUUUGGUAUUCCUGAUCUCUAAAACUGAUGAUAGACCUACCUCGUUUUGUUGAGUAGUCUGGUGGUUUUGGUGAUUGUGUUUGUCAUUAAUCUCAGGAGCAAAUUAUUUUACGUUAUGUUUGAUCACACUAUUCUUUUUCUAUUGUAGGCAUAUUCAUUGUUUUAUAUGAAGAUUUAUUAUUUGUCAUUAUGUGUGUGUAUGAAUCGUGGUGUGAAAUUUAAAUUAAGAACAUGGUAAUAACAUCAAAAUCUUUAUUAUGAGAUGUAUAGUUUUUACCCAAACUUAUUUGAAGUGUCCUAGUUUGCAUAAUGCUGUAUUUACUCAGCCUGAAAAAACCUUAAGGCGGGCCUUAAGGUCUGCCUCACUGAUAAUGCAUACUCAAAAAAUUGCCUGACAUAGCAACACUGUAUGCAGUUGCCAGAGGAUCUUCUAUUGGAGCUUGAUACCUGCGUACACUGCAAAAACAGCGGUGUUGAUUUAACACCAGCUCAGAAUCUAUAUAUGUCCACACCAGGGAAGUGUUUAGCAGCACCAGAUUCGUUUUGGUCUAACACCAGGAAGGUGUUUAUACAACACCAAUUAGUAUUAAAACAGCAUCGGUUUGAUUCCAAACUGGUGUUGUUUCAAUUUGAUGCACGCGUGCUUUCUUAUACAAUAUAUUUGUCUUUAUAAUAUGUCUCUCUGUCCGUCUAUAAUACCAGGACAUUUUGUGUCCUUGCGAUACAUGACCUAAAGUCAGGAAUCGCAAGGACACAAAUGUCCUGGUAGUAUCGUUUAACCUUUCUAUUGGAAGGAUUCUUAUAGGAGUGGUUUCACCUAAUAACCACUGCAAGCUUUAAAUCACCUUCACAACGGAUAUAUCAGGGUUUUUUUUACAUUAUUAUUAUUUACUAUUAUUUUUUAAAUAUCCCACUAUCCAGAAGAUCCUUGGGCGGUCGAGCCUUUGCUCAUACCAGACCAGUCCUGUGGAAUUCACUACCACAGGAGCUGAAGAAAUCAAACUCUGUAACAUACUUUAACUGAAAUGUAAAAUUAGUAUGCUGUACAAACCAUUUACUCGAGUCAAGGUUCUGAAUUUGCAGCCUACUGAUGCUUUGUGUACUGAAGGUCCUCUCGCUCAGCAAGAUUUGUAUGUGCUAGUCUUUGCGUGGAGACCCACUUGUUAAUCAAAAUUUCAAUCAGGGUCUGUGCCUGCAGACUAACCUAAAGUUGCAUUUGUUCACCAGCAGGUAUUAGGUUUGUUAAUAAAAUUAUCUUUUUGGUCAUCUAUACCGUGUUUCUUAACCAUUAACAUAAAUUUACCUCCCAUCUUUAAAAUAAAUCUUCCGGCAUAAACUAAUACUUGUGAAAGUUUCAUGCUUUUGUCAUAAUUUACACAACAGUUCGGCUUAUCAGUUGUACCAUUGGUCUUUUUAUCAGACAAAUAUACAAAUGAUUUACUUAAAUUAUAUUCUUUUUGAGAAGAAAUAACCACUUGUCUUGCGAUGUAUCAAAUGUAGUUUAUUUACCAUAUAAAAUAUUCGAACUAUAAUACAUAGUAACAUAUACAUAACAGAUAAAUGAAAUGUAUGAAUUCAUAUAAAAAGAAAAUCCACAUAAUGGACCAUAAAAUCGAUUAAAAUCUUACAGGCAGAUGCCCCUUUCAAUUUUUUUUUUUCUUACACAUCAAAUUUUUUACACACAAUCACCACACCUAAAACACAUCUACGGUCCACUUCACAAAAGUCGAUAGAACUUUGGAGAGAAAGAGAGAGAGUGUGUGUGUGUGUGUGUGUGUAAGACAGAGAGAUCAUUUUAAAUGAAUAGUCUCAGGCUAAAGUACAAAUGGUUUUGUACAUAUACGCAUUGAUUAUGUACAUUAUCUGCGUUUGAAAACGUUUGUUUUCUCAAGGUUCUCAAACAAAAAUGCUAAAACAAAAAAAAAAAUCGUUGGAAUUUUAAAGAACUUUGGGAGAGGGCGUGUGUCUUCUUAUAAGGAAAAAAAUAAUGAGCUUUGGGAGUACUGGGUCGACCAAGAACAGCCAAAUUUUAUGCCUGAAAUUCUGAAACUUUUUCGACAACAAGACAUCAGUUCAUCAAUUGAAAUGUGUUUUUCCAGAAUAAUAUAAUAGAUUUUGAUUUAGAUUUAUUCAUUUUCCGUUCACAAAGCAAGCACAACAAAGUCAAACAAUACAUAGUCAAAUUUAAAGUACAGCAUCAAUCGAAAUAAGGUAUUAACAAUGAGAACUAAUGAAAUUUAAAGUAACGUAGGAACACUAACGGACGCCAUCAGAACAUCAACAGACUGAACAUUUUGAACAAACUCAAAUAGAAAAGUGGCAUUUAUCAUAAGUAAAUAAGGGCAUCUAAUUAGAAGUUAAAAGGGGUGAAUUACAUUAUCAAAAGAAAAAGGAGUAGUAAAAGGUAUUAUGUGAAAAAGGAUGCACUUGAAGAAGGAAUCAGAACGAUAUUCAUAAAGAAACAAGGAACUCAUCGGUCACGAAAAGAGUGGCUUUUAAGGACAACCUCUCUGAUAUGAAGAACAAGGCACCUAUGAGAAAACAAAGGGGCACUCGUUAACAUAUUAAACGGGUCCUCAGGUGAGAGAGGCAUAUAACACGUUCGUUUAAGGCACCUUUCUUAAGUAAAAAGAGGCACUGAUUCGAAGAGGGCAUUUACAAGAAGGCAAGGGGCACUCGUUAACACAUUUAACGGGUCCU